UGUUCCCAAUAUAACCUCAGCGCAGGACCAGCAGGAAGGGUCCACUCAGUGUGGCCACAAUCAUCUACUUUGCUCUUUCAGGAUUGUGCCGUCUUCACACGCCUGAAUUGACACCAUGAUGAAAGAGGAAGAUUCAGAAGAAGUGGAGAUUGACCUGACGGACUCCAGUGACCCUGAAGAGUUUGAAAAUGAGGAGGAACCUCAGACAUUGUGGAGGGCCCAGCCUUCUUUGGAAGAAGAGGAAAAUAUUCAUACGUCUACGUUAGUGGAAAUCAGUGAUACCAAGCCGCUGAUUAAUGUCAGAGACCCCCGCGGUAUCAAUGACUGCCUCAAGGUGACAUUUGAGGAUGUGAUCGCUGAGCCCGUGUCUGUGCGCAGCGGGGACAGAAUCUGGAUCUGGAGCAAUGCCUUGUUUGAAGUGUCCAGGGUUUGGAUUUACAGAGUAGUUUCAGUGGUCUUUGCCAUUCCCGUGUCCAUCAUUUCUGGUCUCCUCUUUGCAAUCCUCAGCUGCUUCCACAUAUGGUUUGUUGGUCCCUGUAGCCACUGCCUCCUUAUUGGCUUUUGCUGGCUGCAGAACCUUUGGAGCAUUGUACUGGGAGUUAUUGUGGGCCCUUUCAUUCGAAGUGCUGGGAAAUGUUGUGGAGGCUUUAGCAUUCACCUGGCCAAAGAAUGACAAUUGCUCCAAUGGAUCUCGUCCAAACUGGAUUUGUAUGCUGUGGACAAAUGAACUCCUGUUCAUGUGGGGCCAGCCCAAAUGAGAGGUUCUCUUCUGUAGUAUUGAGUUCAAACUAAAAUAUGCAUUUCUGACUGUUGAAACCGCUCUGAUUAAAUAACAUCUUUUAUAUUUUCUUAUAUCGUUAAUCCAUUUUUUAAGGGGGGGUUAGAGCUCUCCAACAAACUUGUUGAGGAUUUCUUUACACUUUGGAAACUGAUCUCUCAAAUUGCAAGUUCAGUUAUCAAGUUUGGACACUGUUGUUUUUUUAAUUUGUAUUCUUUUAACAUGCCGGCUCUCUCAUUGAAAACAGCAAUAAGAUGCACAGUUAAAAGUUUUAAUAUAUUUAAUAGUGCACUAUGAAUAUUAGUGUUGCAAUUAAAAAAAUCAAUAAAACAUUGCUUACAGUAAUA